CAACUUUUCACUUUACAUUGUGGUUGACAACAUAAAAAACAUGGCCGAUGCAUAUGCACGUCUCGACUUUCUCUGGAAAGCAUCAUAUACACUACUCAGCACAUGUCCAGGCGCAUCUUCUCAUUAUAUGGCUCAGUUCCUCGACCUUGCCAACGCCCGUGAUUUGAAGCUACAUGAAGAUAUCCAAACCAAAUCGUGUGCUGCCUGCGGAUCUAUCUUUGUGCCUGGAAUCAAUACUAAAGUCAGAGUUGUUCCUGUCCAUGAGACACGCAUCGAACGCGAACGACGGAAAAAGCAGGCUCGGAAAAGGGCAAAAAAGCAAAAUAUGUUGUUGAAAAGCAAGGAUAAUGAUGAAUCCUUUUUGGGUGCUGACAAACUGGCGACGACGAGGACGACGGUAUCGACAGCAAAAGAGGAAACUAUGAAUUACCAUCAAACCACAGCAACAAUGGAGUAUGAUGAGGGAAAGGAAACGAAAAAAUCUAUCAACGUCAACCUUGCUACAAUAACAGCAACAACAAAAGUACUUCCUACAUCCAAUCCACAAAAGCAAUCAAGCACACAACCUCAACAGUUGUUACGCCCUCGAAAGAUCAUUCGCAUCACCCCUCAUACUGAAAUCAUUCAGCAACAACAACAAAUGCAACAACAGUUGCGGCGCCAACUGAUGGCAGAUGGGAAGCCAUCCAGAAAAAUCGAUAAGCGUGCAAAUCAGGUUCUCAACCAUAUCAUCUAUUCUUGUCAAAGAUGUAAUAGAGAUACAGAGCUUCGAGGAACAAAAGAAGGCUAUUUGACUUCGCAUAUCAAAGCCAAGAAACUUGGGUCACAAAGACGCAAAUUAAAGAAUAUGAAGCAGGAUCUUGCUUCCACAUCAGCUGAAGCAGCAAUCGAUUCAAAAUCACAACCAAUACAACCUGUGCCAUCGACGCUCAAGUCAGGGCCUAAUCUAGUAACGCAUGCCACUGCAGUUGGCAAACGAUCAGCAUCACCACUCCCUACCCACAUACAACCCAAUACCAAGCAAUUUAAAAACGCUACAUCAUUGCCUCCCUCUCCUAUUCGUGGACUAUCAAAGGCUUCUUCUGCUGCGUCUUCAGCAGCGAGCUCGCCAGUAUCAUCCCCUCGUUUAGAUAAUGCCAAGUCAGGAGGCAGUAGUGGCAGCAGUAGCAAAAAGAAAAAGAAAGGAGGGCUGGCAAGUAUUUUGGCUAGUCAGAAAGCAAAGGAUCCUCCUCCUGACCCUAAUGAUGGCGCAGGAUCUAGUGGAGAUAGCUCACUAGCCAAUUUCCUCAUGGGAUUAUAGGCUAUGUCAUCAUGUAAAACA